AUAUGUAUUAAAUGGACUAAAUAAAUGAUGUAUCAGCUAUAGGCGCUACCAGCCGCACGAGUGGUGCAUACACACCCAUUUUUUUUAAACUAUUGUAAAAGCAUCUUAAUAAUAAAUGAGUUAUGAUAUCCCAUACUGUAUAGAAUAGCGGUAAAUGUCUUCCCGAGCAGACUAUUUGUCGAAAUAUCUAUCUCUGGGAAAUGAUAAGGUCAGUAAGAAGAAAUCCAAAAAACAUAAGAAAGUGGAUACGUCCACUACCAAUAAUAUAGUUGUUGUUAAUGGAUCCAAUUGGACUAAGGAAACAGAACAAAGCAAUGAACAACAUAUAAAUGUCAUAGAAGAAGAUCCUUUGAAUGAAGAAUUACCUAUAAAAGUUGAAAGUAAGAGUACGAAACAAUUUAAGGGUUUCAAGAGAAUUGAUAAUGGGCAUGUAGUGACAAGUGAAUCCAGUAUUGCCGUGAUAAACAAAGAUAUAGUCAAAGAUGUAAUUGAAGACAAUCCGAAAUUACAACAACCACAAACUAUUUAUAGGGAUUCCAGAGGUAGAAUAAUAGAUAUAAAUGCUAAGAAAGAAGAAUUGGAAGAAAGGAGGCGACUUAAUGAAGAGAAACGUAAGUUUGAUGAGAUACGAACUACCGAUGAGGAUAGAAGAAAACAAGAAACUGAGUUAAAGAAAAGUAGAUCCAUCAUUACGGAUAAGUUCGAAGAUCCAUUGGCAUCAUUCCAAGAACCUGAGAAAGUGGAAUCGAAUAGCAGUAAUGCUUCAUACUCUCAAUAUAUCUAUACUAAAGGAUUAAUUCCUCCUAAUAGAUUUAACGUUCAACCAGGAAUAUUAUGGGAUGGAAUUGAUCGUUCGAAUGGGUUUGAAGAGUUGGCACUACGGAAACAGAAUGAAAACAAGUUUAAGAAACUUGAAUCUAAAAUUAAUGAAAGCUACGGAGAUUUGGAUUAUGAUUAAAUAUGUAUAUAACUUUUAUUAGUAUUACACUCUA